AUGCCGACGUGCCUGACCGCUGAUGGCGGCGGCUGGGCCGACAUGGAGGCGGCCGAGCGGAGGGCGGCGGGCUCCGAAUUGCGGCCGCCCUCCUCAAGUUUCUCGGGCCCAGUGCACAGGGCAAGGGCACCCUCAAUCGGCCACAUGCAGCGGAGUCAGAGUAUGAUACCGCAGAGGAGGCCGUCCAGAACUGCACGGGAAAGGAUUGUCACGAACUGCCUGCUGUACCAGAACGUGGGCGAGCUCCAGCAUAUGAUCAAGCAGUCCGCGAAAGAAAGACUGCAACUGGAGCGUCAAGUGGCUCAUCUUCAUCAAGCCAUUCGAUUGCAGAAGGAAAGAAUCGAGCACGAGUAUCGACUUCGGCUUCGAGAUGUGGAGGAUCGCCUUAAGGAACAGGAAUCCCAGCUAACCCAGCUGCAGAAGGACCUGGAUGACCGCUGCGAAAUUAGCGCCGACCUGGAGCGGCAACUGCUUGAAGCCCUGGAGCAGAAGAUCGAGGUCGAGGCCCAGAACGCAACCCUCGAGGAGGAAGUCACCAGGCUACGGACGCAUGCCUUCCUAGGACGCCAAGUGUCCUCUGACAGUGGCGCCACCAUGUCGCAGGCGGAGACGGAGCUUCGUGUGCGCUCGGCUGAGCUGGAGGCCGCCCGGGGCGAGGCGUCCGCCCUGGAGGCCCUGGUGGGCCACCUGCGACAGGCGGCCGACCAGCGCCGCCUGCUCGAGAGGCAGCACGCGCAGGCGCUGCAAGAGGUGCGCGCGGCCAAGGCGGCCGCCGCCGCCGCCAAGGGAUCCGCCGAGGCCGCGCAGCAGCUCACCAUACAGACGCUCGAGUCGAGGGUGCGCGAGCUCCAGAAGAAAUGCGAGCUCCAGAACGUGCUGCACGAGGAGCUGGUGCUGGAGAUGGCCGCUCUCCGGCGACAGCAGAUGCAGCAGCAGCGGACGCGCUCGGCCAGGGAGUCCUGGAGGGCCGGUCGCUCCCUGUCUGCAGAGGUGAGAUCGGGUCAUUCCGGUUGCUCGGGUAAAUGA